CCACAGAGGCUGUUUAGGCAUUGCACGUCCUCCUUCCUGUUGAGUGUAGCACGUGCGCUUUUGUGUCCUCCCAUAGCACACAUCUAAGCCUAUAUCUGUCUAAUUUCGGACUGUGCAGAGAAGUGCGCGUGAUACUGAAGAUUGACUAUCCAGAAACUUCGAACUCUUGAGAGGUAGUCAUGGAGGGGUAUCUGCAAAAGCAAGGAUUUGUUUUCUCGUCCCGCCGCUACUUCGUCCUUACCAACACGGGGCUCCUCUGCUAUGCCAACAAGGAGGAUCGAAGCGAAGUACGGGACUCGUUCCCCCUUGCACCCGAUACACAGGUCGUGGAGAUCAAAAUAAAAGACAAACUCAAAUUGCGGCUGAAGAGUGAGGGUCUCACCUGGACUUUAAGUGCAGACGAAGAUGACGAGGCGGAGGGCCGGCGCUGGGCUGAUGCACUGGCGACGGCCGUUGCUCGUCUCGCCUCGCUUUCUAAAGGUCACCCUCCUGGGGGGCAUGGGGAGGGCACACGAGAGCUUGCCCAUAACCCGGCUCGGAAAGUCGUGGUCAUCGAGGUGGGAGGGCAGGGAGAGAGGAUCUUGCAACAUCUCAUACAUUGUGCUUUUCCCCCAUUUAUCCCCUCCGCCUUCCACUCUGCCUUUCCUCAGGGCACGGAAUUUGUGAUCGACCCUCGGUACGAGGUGACGCGUCGGCUGGGGAAUGGUGCUUAUGGCGUGGUGGUGGCAGCUAAGGACACAGUCACGGGCAAAGCGGUGGCGAUUAAAAAAUGCUUCAACAUUUUCCAGUCGCUCUCCGACGCCAAGAAGAUAGCGCGGGAAGUCCGUCUGUUAAGGCAGAUGGAUCAUCCCAAUAUAACCCGGAUUACAACGGUUAUUCCCCCUCUGAGCGCGACUUUUGACGAGGUCUACAUCGUCUCGGAGCUAAUGGACAUCGACAUGCACAACCUCAUGUACCUGUCGCGGGAAAAAAUCACUCCCGACCACGUCCAAUUUUUCAUUUACCAGGUGCUUUGUGGCAUCAAGUAUAUGCAUGCGUUGAACAUCAUCCAUCGAGACCUCAAGCCCUCCAACCUUCUCAUCAACGCCAAUUGUGACUUGAAAAUCUGCGACUUUGGCUUGGCACGCGGGAUCCAAUCAAACGGCCCGGCGCAGGACAAGGAGUGCGACCUGACUGCCGCCGACGCUGCGGCCCCCGAGAAACCCAAAGACCUCCUUAGUGAGUACGUAGUCACACGCUGGUACCGAGCACCCGAAAUUUUGCUCAAUCCUCGCAAUUACUCAAAGCCUGUGGACAUAUGGGCGGUGGGGACCAUUUUUGGAGAGCUCUUGGCACGCAAGCCCAUGUUUCCAGCGCACAAUUACGAUCAUUUGAUCCGUUUGCAGACCCGAACACUGGGGAGUCCUUCUGAGGAGAAUUUGAAAUGGGUAACGCGAGAAAAAGCGCGCACCUUCAUGCGGUCCCUCCCUCAGUACCCCCGUCGGGACUUCAAAAGUUUGUAUCCGGAGGCCUCCGGCCCAGCUUUAGACCUUCUGGAGAAGAUCCUACAAUGGGACCCGGCCAAAAGACCCACCGCCGCCGAGGCCCUUUCUCAUCCGUACUUUGAUGACAUUCGUGACGCAGACUUUGAGCAGGAAUCAGACUUGAUCAUCGACUGGGGGGACUUGGAGACCAUGCGCACCACGAAACUCAAUCUACAACGGUACCUGAUACAGGAUAUGGUAUCGAUGAAUCCCGAGUCCUCCGCUUUGCUGAAAAUGGUAGCUCAUGAAAGUACCGGGAAGGCCGCGGGAGCCACGUAAAAGCGCGGGGUGGGACGAUGGGAGAGAUGGGGUUGAAAGGGAUUGUGUUGGAAGUGACUGUCCUGUGGCUAGGUAGAAGUAUGGGAGAGAUAAAGUGUAAUGCUACGAUAGAAGCACGCAUCAGGACAAUCAGAAAGAGAAAGGAGACCGCAUGAGGAGGAUCGCGAGCUUUCAACGUGAAACCUCAAGCUUCAGCAUGGUCACAAGGCUUUGGUGGCUAUUCUAUUCCAUGUUAUGGGGGCUUGCCUAUUUGUCAAUUAAGAGAUCGUAUGGACGUCAGCAUCCAGCCUUGAAUAACGCAUGAAUUAGGAAGUGUAGUGCGACAAAGGAAAGCCGUGAAGACAAGCGUGAGGAGAUUCAUGUCAAAAAUCCGGUUCUGUGGCAGUCAAUGAUUGGAGAAGCAACAAAAUGGCACCAGGCAAAGUCCGAGUCAUGGAUUAGAAAAAGAAACAAGGAUACAUAUCAUGUACGCGAAACCAUCGCAUACCAUGCAGGCUAUAUCUGCGCAAGAUGUUGCCUUCUAAGGAUGAGAACCGGACAGGAAAAUAUGAGCUCGGAAGCCGAAAAGAAAGCAAAAAGGAAGACAUUA